UACCAAACACAGGCUUCUAUUUCGGGUCACUUUCUCUGUUGAGUUCACUUCAGCCAUCUUUUAUGGUUUGGUUUUUUGCUGUGAAAUCUUCUCGGAGAAGAAAUGAAAAUUAGCCAACCCUUCUUCCUCUCAUCUCUCUCACUCUUUCUGCUACUUCUCUUGCAUAUUUCUUCUGCUCAGAUGCCGGGUUUUGUAAGUUUGGACUGUGGAGGUAAAGAAAAAUUCACUGAUGAAAUUGGUCUUAAAUGGACUCCUGAUGAUAACAUUAAGUACGGAGAAAUAAGCACUAUAUCAGUUGCCAACGAGACACGGAAGCAAUACACGACACUGCGACACUUUCCUGCUGAUUCCAGAAAAUACUGCUACACACUUGAUGUGUUGAGUAGGACAAGGUACCUACUGAGAGUGACAUUCUUGUAUGGGAACUUUGAUGCAGACAAUGUUUAUCCAAAAUUUGACAUUUCUAUUGGUGCUACUCAUUGGUCGACUAUUGUUAUAUCUGAUGCCAACACUGUCGAAGUGAGAGAGCUUAUAUUUUUGGCUUCAAGUCCUACAGUAAGUGUAUGUUUAUCAAAUGCAACAACUGGGAAGCCAUUCAUAUCUACCCUUGAACUCCGGCAAUUCAAUGGUUCAGUUUAUUAUACAUACACUGAGGAACACUCUUACCUCAGUGUCUCUGCAAGGAUAAAUUUUGGUGCAGAGAGUGAUGCCCCAAUCAGGUAUCCUGAUGAUCCAUUUGAUAGAAUUUGGGAAUCGGAUUCUCUCAAGAAAGCAAAUUAUCUUGUUGAUGUUGCUGCCGGAACUAGGAAAAUUUCCACCAAUUUACCAAUUAAUGUUGACAGUGAUGAAAUGCCCCCAGUGAAAGUAAUGCAAACUGCUGUAGUGGGUACCAAUGGAUCUCUAACAUACCGGUUGAACUUGGAUGGCUUUCCUGGUAUUGGAUGGGCAUUCACCUAUUUUGCAGAGAUUGAAGAUUUGGCUGAAGAAGAAUCCAGAAAAUUCAGGCUUGUACUUCCAGGGCAUCCUGAUAUUAGUAAGGAUGUGGUAAAUAUUGAAGAAAAUGCUCCAGGAAAAUAUCGCCUUUACGAACCAGGAUUCACCAAUUUAUCCCUACCCUUUGUGUUGUCCUUUAAAUUUGCCAAAACAUCUGAUUCUUCCAGGGGCCCUCUUCUAAAUGCCAUGGAGAUUAAUAAGUAUCUUGAGAAAAAUAAUGGCUCUCCUGAUGGAGAAGCUAUAUUGAGUGUACUUUCGCAAUACUCAUCAGCAGAUUGGGCACAAGAAGGGGGUGAUCCAUGUCUACCUGUUCCAUGGUCAUGGAUCCGCUGUAACACAGAUCAGCAGCCAAGAAUAGUCUCAAUUUUGUUGUCUAAUAAAAACUUGACCGGGAAUAUUCCUUUGGACAUCACCAAAUUGACUGGUCUGGUAGAAUUAUGGCUUGAUGGAAAUAUGUUGACUGGCCCAAUACCAGAUUUCACUGGAUGCAUGGACUUAAAGAUCAUUCAUCUCGAGAACAAUCAGUUGACUGGUGCGCUCCCAACCUCUUUGGCAAACCUUCCAAAUUUGAGGGAACUGUAUGUCCAAAAUAAUAGGUUGUCUGGAACUGUACCAUCAGGUCUUCUGAGCAAAGAUUUGGUUUUGAACUACUCUGGAAACAUUAAUCUUCAUAAAGGGAGCAGAAAAAAUAGCCACACCAAUGUGAUUAUUGGUUCAGUAACUGGGGCUGUCGUUCUACUUUUGGCCACUAUCAUAUCUUGCUUGUUUAUGCAUAAAGGAAAGAAAAAUUAUUCUAAACAAGAUGGCCUGGUUUCUCUCCCUUCUCAAAGUUUGGAUUCUUCUAAGAGUGUUGGUCCUGCAGAAGCUGCUCACUGCUUCAGCUUUUCUGAAAUUGAAAAUUCUACAAAUAAUUUUGAGAAAGAAGUAGGUUCUGGAGGUUUUGGAGUUGUUUACUAUGGGAAACUGAAAGAUGGAAAAGAGAUAGCAGUUAAAGUUCUAACCACUAAUUCUUAUCAAGGAAAACGAGAGUUCUCCAAUGAGGUGACUCUUCUCUCAAGAAUACAUCACAGAAACUUAGUACAACUUCUUGGUUAUUGCCGAGAAGAUGAAAAUAGCAUGCUUAUUUAUGAGUUCAUGCAUAAUGGAACUCUGAAGGAACAUCUUUAUGGUCCAUUAACAAGAGGACGGAGUAUUAAUUGGAUUAAGCGUCUUGAGAUUGCAGAAGAUGCUGCAAAAGGGAUUGAAUAUCUUCACGCAGGCUGUGUUCCUGCAGUCAUCCAUAGAGACUUAAAAAGCAGCAAUAUUCUUCUUGACAAGCACAUGAGAGCCAAGGUUUCUGAUUUUGGUCUUUCUAAACUUGCUGUUGAUGGAGCCUCCCAUGUUUCUAGUGUAGUUCGGGGGACAUUAGGAUAUGUGGAUCCUGAGUACUAUAUUUCCCAGCAGCUUACUGACAAGAGUGAUAUAUACAGUUUUGGUGUAAUUCUUCUUGAACUCAUAUCUGGUCAAGAAGCAAUAUCUAAUAACAACUUUGGAGCAAAUUGCCGAAACAUAGUCCAGUGGGCAAAAUUACACAUUGAGAGUGGAGAUAUACAAGGUAUUAUUGAUCCUGCGCUACAAAACAACUAUGACCUACAAUCAAUGUGGAAAAUAGCAGAGAAAGCAUUGAUGUGUGUUGAGCCUCAUGCAAAUAUGAGGCCAUCAAUUUCAGAAGUUCUGAAGGACAUCCAAGAUGCAAUCGCUAUUGAGAGAGAGGCCGAAGGCAAUUUUAAUGAGCCAAGAAAUUCAGUUCAUUCUUCUAUCAACACAGGUUCUAUGGAUUUGGUUGCAACUGAGAGCUACGUUUCAAUUGAUGAGUCCAUUGCACAGCCUACUCCACGAUAGAGUAAACAUUGCAUGCAUGCACAGAUUUUUCCUAUUCCUUUCUCCGAUUUUAAUUUUUCUGUUUCCUUUGAUUUUUAACAUAUGGGCAAGGCCUUGCUGCACAUAACAUGGUAGUUGGUUUCAAUUUUUGCCUUUUGUUGCUCAGUUGAAUGUGGCAACAUUAAUAUAGCAUAUCCACAGUGUUUUUCGACUCGUACAUUCAGUAAAUCAAAUGUGUAUGUAUAUUGAAAAAAACAAUGAUGUUCAUACACUUCAGAUUAUUUUCGCCUUUUUAUAUACCUAUUUUUCUUUUUCU